AUGUCAGACCCAUUAUCCUCUACAGAAAAUAAAUCUGAAACACCAGUUCAAAAUGUGGAAUUUGAUAAACAUACGAUUAUACAUAAAUGCUCUUUACCUAAGGAAGUAAAGGAAGUGACUCAAAGCAACGUCAGAGAAACUUUAUUUUGUUCAUCACUUGAGUUUUUAUUAGAGAUAUUCGACGUUGUACUUAGUUGGAAUACUGAACAUGCAGCAUUAGUGACUCAGACCCAUUGUUUUGCAUGGAGUUAUAGCAGUGUCGAAAAGCAACCUUUCGAUACUCCCGUAUAUAAGUUUAAAAUGCCCAUUUGUGAUGAUGAUGAUUUUUUGGAUGAUUUAAAUAAUCAUCAUCAAUUACCAUUAGUAUGCAUUAUACCAUCUAAUCAAAGUCAAAGACCUGGGUUACUUGUUUGUUCUCGCAAAGGCGAAUUUCGAUAUUGGGAAGACAUAACUCGAGAUAGUUUAUUUGAAGAUCAUUAUUUAAGUCUGAAGGUAUAUCUUAGAGAAGAAGAUUUUGGAACACACUUGGCUUGUCAUGAGACUCAUCAGUCUUCACAAGACACUUGUAUUAUAAUUUUUGGUUCUUUACAAUCUGUAUUAUAUCGUAUUAACAUUUCCAAAAUGGGAGCAAGUACUAUACUUCAUCCUACUUCACUAUCACGAUCUGUGGGAAUCAUGGAGAAUUUUAGCUCAUAUCUUUGGUUAACCAGUAAAUAUGAUACAGGAAACAUUAUCGCUUCAACGUUGGGAAAUAGGCUUGAAAAUAAUUUGCUUAGUGAAAUGUAUGUACUAAUGGACAAAUCAUUAGAGAAAUGGGUUUUUGGAAAUGUCCGUUCGGCAAAUAAGUAUAUACAAGGACAAGAUAUAUAUAAUAACAUCAUCCAAGAAAUUUAUUUGAAUGAUAGUAGAGUAAAAAAGACUGAUCAAAUGGACUUAAGCUUACUUGACAUUGAAUUUGCAUGUACUGAAGAAAUACAAUAUUCAGAUGCUGUGAUUUACAAAAACUUUUCAUUUGGAUCACCAGCACAUUUGAUUAUGCCUAACGGAGGUCCAGCUGUUUUUGUAGUUUUUCCGCAGUUAAUUAUAAUGACAACAAUAUUCAAAGAUGUUAGCUAUAAUGGUAUAGUGAGCAUGUCAGAUCCAGUCGGUGAUCGAAUCAUUGGAUGUUGUGGCGAAGGAUCCAAGUCUUGGCAUAAUAAAAAUAUCGAUUCCGUUAGUCGAAUAGAUCUAUUAACGGCAAAAACUGGUAUUAUGACAUGUGUAUUAAAUCAUGCGAUGAUAGUGGAAAAGAACCCUCACACUCAAAUGUUUGAUGAUCAAAUGAAUCUCGAUAAACCGGAGGAAAUGAAGACCCGAGAAUUAAAAAGAAUGUUCGAGCAAGCAAUAUUUAACACAAGUGACAAGGUGCCGGUGACAAAUUAUAUCUCCCGUGGACAUGGUGGCGAUAUCAAUGCUGUGACUCUCGAAAUUAGCGAUGAAAUUAUGGAUUCACGUUCACAAUAUUUGACCGAAUUCAUUGAACUUAAAUCACAAAUUAAUGAAAGAUUUAACAAAAUGGCCUUCCUUGUUCAAGUAAUCAAAUUUAGCAAUAUGCUUAAUGAACUAUAUCCUUCUACUCGUCAACAUUUAUUUUGGAAUGCCGAAAAAAUGGCAUGUGCUUUAAAAUUAUGGGAGUAUUAUAAUGCCUCCUUAUCUUCAAAAAACAAAACCGAUGAGUCUCGACGUAAAUUACUUUUUAACGCGAUUCGAGAAUAUUUACAAGAACGUAAAAUUGAGAUCAAACCUAACGAAGAUAUUGCCAGAUUUUUCUUUCGUUUUCACGCAAAAAUUAGCAAAUGUCUUUUACAAGAGGACAGUAGUAUAUUAGUUCCUGAAGCCAAUAAUAUUAUCUUGCUUUCAUUCGAAGCAGCUUUUAACUUUAGAAGAAAUAAUAAGGACUUAUAUGUCAUCACUUCAAAUUGUUUGAAGGAAUCUUGGACUUUUCACCCUGAACUUCUGAAAGUACUUCACCAGCAAUUCGUAAAAACUACAGAUAUCAUUCAAAGUUCGGAUAUUCAAGGUGAUUGUGAGAAAAUUGAAUCUUUAAAAGAUCAUUUGGUUAAUUUGGCCGAUAUUCUGCUAGGGGCCACAUCUGAACGUUUAAAUUGUGACGAUUCGAUAACUAGGGAAAGUGCACAAAAAUAUCGUAAUGAAUGGACUACUAUAUUAAAAAGUCUUGUUGAUGUUGGCAAAAGUGAUAGCGCUUUAAGUCUUAGUGAAACUUACGAAGAAUAUAAAAUCUUAGUGGAUUUGAUCAUGUAUCACGGUCAAGGUAUAAACAAGUAUAUAAAAAAAUAUAUCAUAAAAUAUCAAGAAAAGUUUGAAUAUCCAUUAUAUGAGUGGUAUAUCGAAAGAGAGCUAUACGCCGAUUUAUUAAGCCAACCUCAUGCUUAUGAAUACAAAGACAGUCUUCAAAAAUUUUUGAAUGAGCGUAAUUUAAAAGGUAUUUCUUGGACGCAUGAUAUAUAUUUAAGUCAAUACGGCGAUGCUUCUAUCAAGUUGCGUCAAUUAGCGAAGGGCCAACCUCGAGUAGAUCGAAGUAAGACCUUUCUUAGUAUAAGCAAGCUAACUUUUUUGGCUGAACUUGGCGAUGAAAUAGACUUUAAAAAUGAAGACGUACAAAGAAAUUUGGAAGAAAUUGAAAACGGGUUUGAACUUUUAAAUGCUUAUUCCGAUUUACAAGAUCAAUUUGUUAAGUUUAUAGUUACACAAAGCCAGCAUUAUUCUAAAGAAUCGGAACAAGUAGAUGCGAUUAUGGAAGGGACCGCGGGGAGCUGGAAAAAUUAUAAGCCAGGUUUAGCACAGAUUUACAAAAUGCAAGUAACUAAAAUUUUACAGGGGGAAAAGGUUUCAACAAGUGGAUUGGUUGAAGUUUUGACACUUAAAGAUAAAAAACUGUCCGAUGACUUUCCAUUCGCACUUCAAUUUACACUGAAUGACAAUAAGCUACCUGAGGACCAUCGUCGUGCAAUAUUGCAAACAAUAUGGCGGAGAAUUUACUUUAAUGACAAUUGGGAAAUUUUAUUAGAUACCAGUGAUAUGUCCGAUGAAGAAGUGAAUGAACGCAUUAAAAGUACUUAUGUUUAUCAUGCGUUGAAUAUUGUGAGCCAUUCUGUUGAUAUUCCAUUAUUACAAUGGUUUUAUCCUCCCGGUGAAGCCUUUUUCUCAAGCACAGUCGAACAAUUUCAUAGAUGGUUUCCAUUCAUGAAUGAAGAAGAAAUAAAAUGUUUAAUAGAAGAUUACAGGAAAGAGAAUGAUACAUUGAACCAAUUUAUUGAAAAAUAUCACUUGAAUACUUAUGUAGAUUACGCACUUAAAUUGUUAUAA